AAUCUUUACUACUCUGGCCGUUGGAAAACAUAAUUUCAGCGCAGACAAGUUAGUUUUUUGCUAUGGCUUCAGCAAGUGAUGAACCAAAAGCAAUCGAGGCUUCGAAUGAAGGAGAAGAGAGAAAGGAGUUGAAGUACAAAGGGGUGCGUCAUCGGAGUUGGGGGAAAUGGAUAUCUGAAAUUCGUGUGUCGAAGAAGAAGAGCAGAUUAUGGCUUGGGUCAUAUGACAGUCCUCACAAGGCCGCUAGGGCUUACGAUGCAGCUGCUCUGUGUUUGAAGGGUCCCUCCGCUGUGCUCAAUUUUCCUCACGCUGCACACACUCUGCCCCGCCCAGCUCAAUCUCUUCCGCAAGACAUCCAAUCCGCUGCUUCGGCGGCUGCGCAGUCAUUUGAUGAGCACAGAAUGCUUAUACUUUCUCCUCCCUCGGAAGCCCAAUCUUCUAAAUCCCCUGAAGAAAAAGAAAUAGAGAGAGAAGUUUGCUGUGAAUCGGGCAAUGGGGAGACCCAAGAGGCUUAUUCGAUGCUAUCAAUGAGCGAAGUGGAUUCGUGGGCAGAUUCGAUGUUUGAGUCGCCCAAUAUGAUGUUGAGUAUGGCGGAGGCUCUGCUUCUCACACCCCCUCGAAUCCAUGAAUACGAUGACGAGAGUGAAUCGGUAAAGCAAAUUUACCCCCUGUGGAAUGAUUGAGUAAGUUAAUCAAAUUAGUUAUACAAUCCCUCUUUCUAAUUAACGUUACUUAACUUAAACUGGCGUGUCUGCCAGGUCUUAUGUUGAAGUACGGAAUGUAGGGUAUUAUGCAAAUCCGCCGGAGCCCACCGAGAGAUUUUUUAUGAUGCUUUAUCCAUGGGGAUUAUUAAUAUUACGUAUACUAUUCUUCAACGAUGAAAUUGCGUGGCGAGAAAAUUUGCAUAAAUACAAAAUGGAGUACGAGUCAAACGCAAAAUACGAGAUAUUAAUUAGCCGAUAGGCUAUGUGUCGUAGCAGCUUGCGCCCGGCAAGUUGUCUCACGCCGGGAAAAACAACUUUCAGGCGGAUAAAACAUUCCUCGCCCUUGCCUGAAAACAGAUUUCAACUUGCAACCAAUACUUUCGUUUAAAAGGCUGCAAAAAUCUCGCCUCGACCUCAACAAUCCAGUCGGUCUAAAACCCGGGUAUUUUACAUUAUUUUUCGCUUACUGUGAAUUGAUUGAAGCGGCAGCUGGAGGGAAAGUGGUUUUGGUCAGUCUCAUUGAAGAAAAAAACCUGCUUUUGUAGGGUUUCGUAAUAUUUUUCCUGCAAACUCUGCCCAUUUUUUCUGAUCGACAUCGUUGUUAGCACAACAAAAUUUGUGCAGAAUCUUGAGGUAAGCCACUUGUCAUGG